CGAUACUCAGUGUGUUUUUUUUUUUUCUGCGCCCGUUUCCACAAGGUCCAUUGCAGGCUACACUUCCUGAGGCCUGAGAUCUGCGAUGUUGUAAGAAAUUUGCCACGGUUGGCGAGACAGCAGCCUCAUAGUUUUGGACGCACCAGACGCUCGCAUGUUGUCUCAUCCAAGCGAGGAUCGGGGUGGAGCUCGCAACGGGGAGGCCAUGGAGAACACCAGCCGAGACGACGAGUCAUGCGAGGGCGAGCAACCCCCGAGUCCGCCGACCAACGGGGAAGUGGCCAAAGAGGAAGUCGGUGACGACGCCGAGCACGUUAACAGUGCAUUAAAUCAAACGAGCAAAGAGAAAAGUGGCCAAGACGCAGAAGGGGACAACGACUUAAAAGGCCUUUCCAUGUCAAAGCUUCAGGAUAUCAAGAAGGCAAUGGAAAUGCUUAACCUGAAUGUUCUACAUGAUGGUCCCGCAAAGACUCCCGAGGAAGCCCUGCAUAAGCACUACCAGUUCUGGAGCACCCAGCCUGUGCCCAGGAUAGAUGAAAAGUUAAGUGCCAAUAAUGUCAAUGAGCCAAUUGAGGCCAGCAAACCAGUUGAAGAGAUACGGGAACAGCCAUACUCCUUGCCAGCUGACUUCACCUGGGACACUCUGGACAUCAACAACCCAGACAUACUCAAAGAACUGUACCAGCUACUCAAUGAGAACUAUGUAGAAGAUGAUGACAACAUGUUCCGCUUUGACUAUGCCCCUGAAUUUCUCAAAUGGGCCCUACAGCCUCCUGGCUGGACUGCUGACUGGCAUUGUGGUGUACGGGUUGUCAAGAGCAACAAGCUUGUGGGUUUCAUCAGUGCUGUACCAGCCACAAUACGCAUCUACAACCACACGCAGCGCAUGGCUGAAGUGAAUUUCCUGUGUGUGCACAAAAAGCUGCGGUCAAAGCGGGUGGCCCCCGUGCUGAUCCGAGAGAUCACCAGGCGCGUCAACCGACGCGGCAUCUUCCAGGCUGUCUACACAGCUGGUGUGGUUUUGCCAAAACCAAUUGGAACUUGCAGGUAUUGGCACAGAUCACUCAACCCACGCAAGCUAAUAGAGGUCCGCUUCUCUCACCUGAGCCGCAACAUGACAAUGCAGCGUACACUGAAGCUCUACCGGUUGCCUGAAAAGCCAAAGACACCAGGAUUUAGACAGUUCCGAAAAUCUGACACAGCACAAGCACACGCUCUGCUGGAAAAGUACCUGGAGAAGUUUGACCUGGCCCCUGUGUUCUCUAAGGAGGAAUUCAGGCACUGGUUCCUGCCACGCCCGGACAUCGUCGACAGCUAUGUCGUAGAGGGGGAGAACCAGAUGUUAACAGACUUUGUGAGUUUCUACUCGCUACCAUCCACGGUGAUGCACCAUGCGGUACACAAGGUGCUGCGGGCUGCCUACGCUUUCUACAGUGUGGCCACCUCUGUUCCCCUGGUAGACCUCAUGCAGGAUGCCCUCGUUAUCACCAAGACUAAUGGCUAUGAUGUCUUCAAUGCCCUGGACCUGAUGGACAACAAAGAGUUCCUGGAGAAGCUCAAGUUUGGCAUUGGAGAUGGGAACCUGCAGUACUACCUCUACAACUGGAGGUGCCCCGAGAUGGCUCCCAACAAGAUCGGACUUGUUCUGCAAUGACCGUGUGGAGGCUAGCGCCAAGGGGCAUGGCAAAUGCAAAAACCUAAGCGCAUGCACCGACUGCUGUGAUAGCCACGCCAUGUCUUGUAGCAACUGUAUCAUUUGGCCAACACCUGACUCAGUUGCCUUAUCACAGCCUUCGCUUCUUCCCCAUUGGAAUUGAGUGCGUGUCCAGGGACUGCAGGUGGAAGUUGCACCGAAAGGAAGAUGGUUGCCUGCACGUGAUGAGCUCUCAAGUGAAGCCCUCCUCCUUUCUUUUUGCACUUUGUUUAGUCACCCCUUGUGAAAUGGCUUAUGUGAAUUAUCUCCUUCUGCUGGUAUUGGCUGGUUGGUGCUUUUUUCUUUUGCACUUACUCAUACGACUCGCUCUGAUGACGUUUGGACCACUUUCCUGUUCAGUUUCAGCUGCUUUGGAAAAUGCAAUCGUCCAUGUUGUGAAUGACUACGACCACGAUUCUUCACAUUGUGGUGCCAGAUGUGAGAACAUUGAAGGACAUUGUUGACUCUGGCAGUGUGCUCUGUUGGAAUGCCACCCUGAUGUCAGGUGUUGUCUGUGGGACAUUGAGCUCAUGAGUGUCACCGACACUGGCACUGGCUCUGAGCCCAGGUGGCUCUGUCUUUUACAGAUUCGAGCCUCGAACAAGACUUUGAAAGGGGCGCUUUCUCUGGCUCUGUGAAACAUUCACUGUCGUCUUGCAAUAGUGGUCACUGCUGUCACUGCAAAACAUAGAUAAUUGUUUGACGAGCAAGUUGUGCGAUGCUGGCAUGUCCCAUGUUAUGGUGGCAGGUUGCACAUUCUUGUUCAUAAUAUUUCUUUUUAAUCAUGUUGCAUGGCAGCAAACAAGUCCUUGCUUUUUAAGCCACACUAAAUUGUAAUUUCUGUAAAACAUUGUCUUUUGCUAUUCUUUCAUGGGCACCAUUUUGUGUUUAAGUCUAUAUGACUAUUUGUUUUGGCAUCCCAGAUGUCGCUACAGCCAGUCCUUUGUACUUUCAUCUUAGUUGACAUUUUGGAUGGCAUUUUUCUUGCUGAUGGGUUGUACAUUUGUUGAAAGUAAGCAUGUGCUGAUGUGGCUGAAGUUAUCACUUGUUAGUUUAGAAGGCACUGUGUUACUGUCGCCUUGUUUUUUUUUUUUUUUUUUGCAUGCCUGAGUGAUAGCAACCAGUGCGUAAAUGUGCUAUCAUACGGUUGCCGAUGGAAACACUGUCUAUAAUAUAUUGAUAUUGUACGGGGUCGUGAAAGUGAAGAACUUUUUAUCUUGAAGAGCACUUGUUGCAUCUUCUAACUGUAGGUGUUUGCGACAAUGUAUACACUACUUUGGUACUGAAUGCAACACCUAAUUGGAGACGACAACUACGCAGAUAUCAAUAAAACCACCUGUGAACUUGCA